CUAAUUAAUAGCAUAUGAAGGGUAUCAGGUAUGAAUGUCAGUUACACAAUAAAUUAGCUGCCUCUAUGGACUCUGUCAAGAUACCCUGGAUUAUGGGACUACUAUGGGCAGACCCAUUGAUUUUGAUUACCCUGCUUUGAUUGUCUGUUGAAACAACCCUCAAGGCGAAAGUAUACAAAGGCUUAGAUAUCAUUACUAAUAAAGUGACCCCUGAAGAACAAGUGCAUUGCAAGCACCAUUUAUUGGAUUAUGUUGACCCUCUGGUCACCUCAUACAGGGUGACAGAUUUCCGGGAUGCUGCUUUACCUAUUAUAGCUGAUCUUGAGAAGCAGAGGAAGCUAGCAGUAAUUGUUGGAGGUACUAACUAUUACAUAGAGUCAUUGCUGUGGAACUUUGUCUUAGAUGACAACCAGGAAGUGCAAAAUCAUCCAGAGCUUCAGAGUGAGUCAAAAGAGGGCGCUGUUGAUCUUCAAAGUGACUCCAGUUCUGAGGAAGAGAUUGAAAACGAACCAAAGAAAAAGAGGGAGCGAGAUGAGUAUGUUGGAAUAGAAAGUGUGGAGCUGCACAGAAAACUUAAGGAUGUUGACCCAGAAAUGGCACUUAAGUUACACCCAAACAAUAGGAGAAAGAUUAUCAGGGCUUUAGAAGUGUUCAGGAAACAUGGCAGUAAGAUGACAGAGAUACUGAAGCUCCAGCAUGAAGAGAUGGGAUGUAGCCAUGCUUUGAGUGGCCCACUAAGGUUCCCUAACACUUGCUGCAUCUGGGUGAAUGCAAAUCAAGAUGUAUUGGAUGAUCGCAUCAACAACAGAACAGAAGAUAUGAUCUCAAGGGGUCUGCUACAAGAGCUUACAGGUUUCCAUGACAACUACAAUAAGCAGAGGCUUCAGGAAAACAAGGCUCCAGAUUACACUCACGGAAUCUUCCAGAGUAUUGGUUUCAAGGAGUUCCACCAAUAUUUGAUCCUGUCAGAGGAUGAGAAGAACUCGGAAAGAGGGAGACUAUUGUUCAAAGAAGGUAAAGAACAGUUACAAUUGGUAACUAGAAGAUAUGCUAGGAAACAGAAAAAGUGGAUAACAAACAGAUUUUUAAAGAGGCCUGGGGAGGCUCCUCCUGUGUUUGCUGUAGACUCCACAUAUCCAGAUCAGUGGGAGAAAGAUGCACAGAAACCUGCUUUCUCUGUGGUAGAGGCUUUCUUGAAGGGAGAGGACUACCCAAUAGAGCCACUUCCACGAGGGGACAACAGUGCAAAUCAACCUGAACAUAAUGUCUGUGAGGCAUGUGAAAAGGUUUUCUUAACCAAGCAACAAUGGGCAGACCAUACUAAAAGUAGGAAACACCAAAAAAGGCUUGCUAAAUGGAAACACAAUAGGAACAAAGCUGACUCAAAUGAACAUACAAAUAAGACUGACAAUAGUGAUGGGGAUAGUGUUAAUGAACUCAAUAAAAAUGACACCAUUGCUGGUCCAAGUUGAGUUCAACUCAAUAAAACACUUCUCUGGCUGCUGAUACUAUGGCGACUCCUUUACCAAUUCAUGUGGACUACACCGAGGAAAGUGACUCCUUUGUUAAACAUUUGAUCUCACGACAUGGAUAAAAAUAUCAAUUAAACUAUUUUAGAACUUGAAAAUAUGCAAAUAUUUUUACACCAUAAAUUCAAUUAAACAUUGGAAACAAAUCUCCAGUCACCAUAGCAGGGACUUUAUAAAAGAGGUACUUGGUCUGCAAUAUAAGUUUUUGUAUCAUUUAUAUAAAUAUAUCUUAAUACCCUUUCAUUAAAUGUAACUCAAAAAAACAGUUAUAUUCAGCUGCCUGUACCUUAAACAAAACUAUUGUGGCAUUUCAAAUUGUGAUAUUGUUAUAUUGCCAUAUUGCCAAACAUAAUGCUUCAGGUUUACAAAGCUAGGAUUAGAGAUUAUCUUAAAUGAAAUUCAGGAUGUUGGGAUUAUCCUGAGGCAAAUCAAAUAUAUCUGCCCAUAGGUUUGAUGUUAUGAUAGGUAGAUAUAUCACCAAGAGAUCAUCCAAGUUUCUUGAACUAUGGAGGUAAUGUAAACAUUGAUAACAUGGAAGAUGAAGUCAGUGCUGACAGGGAAGAGGUUGACAGACUCAAUCAAGUAGAAGGGUAUCAGGCCCGUAGCCUGAAUU